CUCCAGGACACUAUGGACCCACGGGGACCAGCCCCCCAGUCUUUCCAGAGUACUGAGAAAAUGGGUCGGGUCCGCCGUCGGAAGACCAGGAGGGAGCGGAACAAGGCCCUGGUGGGCAGCCGGCGGCCAUUGGCCCAUCGGGAUCCACCUGUGGCCAAUCAGAAUCCAUCCAUGGACCUCCAGGAUCCUGUGGCCCCCACUGCCCCCAAGCUUGUGGUCAUAACUCAGGGCCGGCUAAGCCGUGAGCACCGGGGUCUCUUCAGCCAUGAGGUGAAAUCUCUGGAUGUGGCACGGCUGCUUAGCAGUGGGUCCCUGGAGCCAGGCACCCCGACACUAUCCACCAAGCUUUCACCAAGCCCAGGCAAGGCCCGAGAACCAGCCUCACAGUCCACGGGCAAGGAGAACCAGGUGCCUGGAGACUUGGGCCCAGGCCCACCUAGUCUACCCCCAGAGCUCCCUGGCUUGGGGCAGCUGCUAGGGGAGCUGCAGUGCCAGCUGAUUCUGCCACAGGCUUUCCCCAGGAGGAACCUAGUGCAAGAGAACAGGGAUGUCAUCAUGGGUACCUUAGAGGCCUGCCAUGGCUGUGUGCCUGACCUUACCCUGGUGCUCCGGGGCUGCCAGCCACCCUUGUCAGGGGCCAAGCCUGGGGACCCUGAGAGACGAAGGAUCAAUAGCCCUGAGCAGGCCCCAGGGGAAGGAAGGCAGAGGAGGAGACGGGGGACAAAGGAAUUCGCCUUUGCCAUGCCUCACACCUCCAGCAUUCCCACUACACACGGAGUGAGGCUGCCACCACCAAAAGGUCCUUGGCCACCCACAUUGCCUUUGUUGUCUUCGCCAUCUACAGUGGUCUGGGGCCCGCCAACAGCCUUUGACCUGCUGAAAAGCAUCUGGCUGGUGGCGACACCGCCCCCUCCCCAGCCCUGUGGGGUCAGCACACUGCAGCCCCUGCCUCAGCAGCCAUCCCCCUUGUUGCCCCGAACCUCUGCCCUGGACUGGAGUCCCAGCCUGCCUGUCCCACAGCCCAGCCUCUCCUGGGUGGUAGCCCAGAGCAGCCCAGAGGCCUGGUCCUUUCCACCCAUGAGACUGUACUAA